CGUCAAUUUAAAAACAAGGAGAAACAGAGAUAAUGAAUGGUAUAGAUUUUGAUAGCCACCGUCAUUACUAAAAAUUAAGUAACCACGCUAACCUAUUCCGGCAGCGGAACAAGAAUUACUUCUCCGGCAAAUUCCAAUCUGGGGAAUUAAAAAGCUGGGGGAUCUCCUCUAGUAACCGCAGGCGGAAGGCGUCACCUUUCUCCUCCUAACUUCCCUUUCAGACAAAUAAGGAUCGAAACAACGUCUUUGUUUUGCCAGAAUCGGUCACCGCCAUCAUUUUUGCCCUAACUUUCCUUUGAAAUUUCUCUUUCUCUUGCUCUUUCUCAUGGCGGCCAGUUCCAGCCGAGGAGGCCCCUUCAACGGCAACGCUGCUCCGUUCCGUUCGAGGGAUGGGCUUAGUACGAGGCAGGCGGCGAGCUCGGACGAGAUACAGCUUCGAAUUGAUCCGAUGAGCGCCGAUUUUGAUGAUGAGAUAACCGGCCUCCGGUCUCAAGUCAGGAUGCUCAGAAAUGUGGCCCAGGAUAUAGGGACAGAAGCGAAAUUUCAGAAGGAUUUUCUAGAUCAGUUGAUGCAGCAAGCAACCCCGUCUAAUGGCAUUGCCUGGUUAAUUGAUUGAACAGCAAAUGACUGUGAUCAAAGCUCAAGCAAGCGUGAAGAACAACAUAAGGAAGUUGAACAAGAGCAUCAUCAAGAACGGUUCAAACCAUAUAGUCCACGUCGUCCUUUUUGCACUCCUCUGCUUCUUCAUCGUCUACCUUUGGACCAAAGUUUCCAGAAGAUAGGCUUCUCUUCUCCACACAACCCAACCCUCCUUGUUAUCGAAGCUGUCUUCGUAGUAAGCUAAGCGCCAGAAUUGUACUACUUUUUUUUUUUAUAUAUAUUUUCGUUCUGAAAACAUACAACAUAUUCUGUAAAUAAAACAAGCGAGAAAUUUAGCAGGUGCAGGCAUUUGAGUCAGCCUUUAUCUUCAUCCUCUUGCCAUGGCCUUCUACCUUUGAAUCUCUCACUUGGUUGAGAACCCUUCUCGCCCAUUCGCCGAAAUAUGUUUCGUUGUGGCCCACUUGUCCAUCUUUGUAGAAGAAGAAGCAUUCAAGCUCGUUAUCAGGAGAAGGGCAUUCUUUCUUAGCCAUGGGCUCCCACCAUGCCCCCUGGUGGAUCAAUCCUGAUUGAUCAGCCAUCCAAUGGAAAACAUACUGACCUAUGCCGGCAAGCUCGAACCAUCCCUUGGGGAAGAACUCCAUCACGCUGCUGCCUCUGUCCAUGAACAGCAUGUUCGUCAGCUGAGCUCCAUGCGGCGAAGCCACGAUGUCUGUCUCCGUCAUCGUCCUCACCUGCAAAAAGAAAAACGAACCAGAUCGAG